AUGAGGCUGAUCCUGUUUUUCGGUGCCCUUUUGGGGCACAUCUACUGUCGAGAAACAUUUGUGGGAGACCAAGUUCUUGAGAUCACACCCAGGGAUGAGGACCAGGUAGCAAAGCUGGGGGAGCUGGAGGCUGAAGAAGAUCUUCAGCUUGAUUUCUGGAGACCACCCACUGUGUCAGGGGCGACAGCCCACGUCCGGGUCCCACGUGACAGUGUCCAAACAGUCAAAGUGUUCUUGGAGUCCCAGGGGAUUGCUUAUUCCAUCAUGAUCCAAGAUGUCCAGGUUCUGUUGGAUCAAGAGAAGGAGGAAAUGCUUUUCAAUCAGAGAAGAGAACGAAACGGUCACUUCAACUUUGGAGCCUACCACAGCUUGGAAGAGAUUACCCAGGAGAUGGACCACCUCGUGGCUGAGUACCCUCAUCUCGUGAGCCAAGUGCUCAUUGGCGAUUCUUUUGAGAACCGGCCCAUGAACGUGCUCAAGUUCAGCACCGGAGGGGACAAGCCAGCCAUCUGGCUGGACGCUGGCAUCCAUGCUCGAGAGUGGGUGACCCAAGCGACUGCUCUGUGGACCGCAAAUAAGAUUGCCUCCGACUAUGGAAACGAUCCGUCCCUCACUGCCAUCUUGGACACCCUGGAUAUCUUUCUGUUGCCGGUCACAAACCCUGAUGGAUAUGUGUUCUCUCAAACCAAAAAUCGGAUGUGGCGCAAGACCCGGUCCCAGGUCCCUGGCAGCAUCUGCGUGGGGGUUGACCCUAACCGGAACUGGGAUGCAGGCUUUGGAGGACCCGGCGCCAGUAAAAACCCUUGCUCUGAUUCCUACCACGGACCCAGCGCCAACUCGGAAGUUGAAGUGAAAUCCAUUGUGGACUUCAUCAAGACGCAUGGCAACUUCCAGGCUUUCCUGACACUCCAUAGUUAUUCCCAGUUGCUGAUGUUCCCCUAUGGGUACAAAUGCACCCAGUCCGAUAACUUUGAUGAGCUGAAUGAAGUGGCCCAAAAGGCAGCCAACUCGCUGACAAGGGUACAUGGCACCCGUUACAAAGUGGGACCUAUUUGCUCUGUCAUCUACCAGGCCAGUGGUGGAAGCAUUGACUGGGCCCAUGACUUUGGCAUCAAAUACUCCUUUGCCUUUGAACUGAGAGACACCGGUCGCUAUGGCUUCCUCCUGCCGGCCAACCAGAUCUUGCCCACAGCGGAAGAGACCUGGCUGGGUCUAAAGACCAUCAUGGAGCAUGUGCGAGACCACCCGUAUUAG